AAGAAGAGAAGGAAGAGGAGGAAGUUUCCAGUGUCCUCAGCCAUGGCUCUCCUGUCAGCACAGCCAGGCCUAGCAGAAGCUGGCGCAGCAGCAGGUCAGCCACUGCAGCCCGCCAGCGUGACACUGAGAAUUCACGUGCCUCCAGAUCCAAGACUGGUUCCCUGCGGCUCGUCUGCAAGUCAGAGCCAAACACAGACCAUCUUGAAUACGAGGUCACAGAAGAGCAUCAGUCUCCAGCUGGAAUCAGUGAUGACGAGGAGGAGAUGCUCAUCAGUGAGGAAGAAGUUCCCUUCAAAGAUGAUCCAAGAGACGAAACCUACAAGCCCCAUUUAGAGAAGGAAGCACCAAAGCAAAGGAGAAAAGCUAGCAAGGGGAAGGAGGAAAAAGAGAAACAGAAAGAGAUUAAAGUAGAAGUGAAAGAAGAGAGUGAGUUUCAGGAAGAUGAAGAACCACCAAGGAAGAGGGGAAGGAGGAGAAAGGAUGACAAGAGCCCAAGGCUGCCCAAGAGAAGGAAGAAGCCUCCGAUACAGUACGUGCGCUGUGAGAUGGAAGGCUGUGGCACAGUCUUGGCUCACCCACGUUACCUGCAGCAUCACAUAAAGUACCAGCACUUGCUGAAGAAAAAAUAUGUGUGUCCUCAUCCCUCCUGUGGUCAGCUCCUGCGGCAUGCCAAACACCACACAGAUCAAAGGGAUUACAUCUGUGAGUACUGUGCCCGGGCAUUUAAGAGUUCUCAUAACUUGGCCGUGCACCGAAUGAUCCAUACGGGCGAGAAGCCCUUGCAGUGUGAGAUCUGUGGAUUCACCUGCCGGCAGAAGGCUUCUCUCAACUGGCACAUGAAGAAGCAUGAUGCGGACUCCUUCUACCAGUUCUCCUGCAACAUUUGCGGCAAGAAAUUUGAGAAGAAGGACAGUGUCGUGGCCCACAAAGCCAAAAGCCACCCCGAAGUGCUUAUUGCUGAAGCACUGGCUGCCAAUGCGGGUGCCCUGAUCACCAGCACCGACAUCCUGGGCACUAAUCCUGAGGCCAUUGCGCCGCCCACCGAUGGCCAGGGCCUCCCCCUUCUUCCUGACCCCCUGGGAAGUGCUGCCCCAGCAGAUUGCCUGCUGCUGACCCCUGACGGGAUGCCGAAGACAUACUGUGGUGGGGCAGAGCGAGUGAGCCUGGUGGCUGACGGCAAGCUGUUUGUGGGCAGUGGCAGCAGUACAAACGCAGAGGGGCUGGUCAUGAACACAGAGAUCCUGGGAGCCACCACGGAGGUGCUCAUCGAAGAUUCAGACUCCACUGGACCCUAGUGGGCAGGGAGCACGUGGGUGCUGGGACAGUUUGGACUCUGUAUUUAAAAGGAGGAAGGCAAAAAAAAGGAGACACUUACUGAAAGAGAGAAAAGUUAAACAAAACUUACAAUACUAGUAAAUAACCGAAGGGUCUGCUCCCCUCCAGCGUGGAUCACAGCACAUCCUCUUUCUCCCAACCACUUCUCUCUCUCCCACUGCUCCUUUGUAGAAAGGGUCACAUGCUGCCAUUACCAGAGCAAGUUGGACUGAGCGACAGAUUUCUCCAAGGGAAGGGGGACUACUGAAACCCUUCGCUCUACCCCAAAGCAGAUGCCUUUCUGGCUCCUUGAUGUGGCCCCACUUGUAAACUAGAAAGCAUUUGAUGUGCUCUGGACAAGUUUCUUAGGACUCCCUCUCGCCCCUGGUCCCAACUUCUAUGCAUCGCUGCACUCUGGUCCUUGCAGUCUCAUUCUUCCUCCCGGGGCUGGGAGUUUGGCUUGGCACUUUAGGCCCCCUCAGCAGGGUGAGCUGUGAAACAGCGCACGUCCCUCUCCCCACCGCGCUCCUCUGCUCCAGCUCUGGCAGGAAGUCGAGGGAACGCCCUGGCUUAUAGAUCAUGUUUGCUUGGAGAGGCCCGGGGGCUACGGGAGCCCUGCGUGGGAGAGGCAAGGAGGAGCAUCCCAGUUUGACGACAGUAAUUUGCACUUUGAACAUGUUUCGUUUUUGUGUUGUGGUAACAAGAUUCCUUAUUUAUUGAUUAAAAAAGGGUCGGUAUUUUUUAGUUAUGUUCUUUGGGGGUGGGGGUGGAGGGGGUUCAGGCUAUUUCCCAGUAGGCUCCUUCGCACUAGCGAGCUGCAGGGAGCACGUCGUGCCAUCGUAACAGCAGCUGGGAGAGCUGAGAUGAAGGCAGCAUUCUGGAGUCAGAUGUCUCUCGCAGCUUUUCCAGAGUAGAGGGAGAACCCCUGGAGAAGAGCGUGUUUGCAGUGGGAGUCUCUGCAGCAGCGUUUUAGCAGGAGGAUGAGGUGAGUGAUGGAACAGCUCGCUGUUGUCUCCCUCCCUCCCAGGUCGGGGUGAGCUCCUUGCAUUAAAUGCUCUUUUUGCCUCCCCCUUGCUCCCUGGCCUUUCAGGGAAGAAUAUCAUUACCCAGGAACUUGUUCUCGUGACUUAGGACAGUUGUGAGCUGC